GUAUGGCUACUAUUUGCGUGACAUCAUCAUUAUGCGACAGUGGUUCCUCAUGAGAGCUGCACAAAUUUUUUUUGUCCUCUAAAAUAAGUUUGAAAUCUAUCGUACAGUAAUGGCAGCAGAGGGUGUGGAAAAGACCAGCGAAGAUGCAUCGUCUUCGGGGAAGGUGUCCAAAAGGUUCGACCUGGAGAAGGAGACCGAGCUUCGCUUCGAGGUGGAGGCCGGAGAGGCCGCGGAUCAGGUGGAGAUGGAGCUCCUGACGGGGAUGGCUGAGGUGUUUGGCUCUGAGCUGAACCGCAACAAGAAGUACACCUUCGGACCAGGCUCCAAGAUCGCAGUUUUCACUUGGCAGGGCUGCAGUGUGAAUCUGUAUGGAAAGCCAGAGGUGGCCUAUGUGUCCAAGGAUACUCCUAUGCUGCUCUACCUGAACACCCAUGCUGCCCUGGAACAGAUGAGGAAACAAGCUGAGCGGGAAAAUGAGAGGGGGCCCAGGGUGAUGGUAGUGGGACCUACAGACGUGGGGAAGUCCACAGUGUGCCGAAUGCUUCUCAGCUAUGCUGUGAGAGUUGGAAGGAGACCUACGCUGGUGGAACUGGAUGUUGGACAGAGUGGGGUUUCUGUUCCAGGGACAGUAUCAGCUCUGUGCAUCGAGCGUCCUGCAGACGUGGAGGAGGGCUUCUCUGUCCAGGCUCCUUUAGUUUAUCACUUUGGUUCUACGACUCCUGGAACCAACAUCAAACUUUACAACAAGCUGACAUCGUGCCUGGCCGAGGUGUUCUCUCAACGCUGUGAGGUAAACAGGAAGGCCAGCGUUGGCGGCUGCAUCAUCAACACCUGUGGCUGGGUGAAGGGUUCUGGGUACCAGGCCCUGGUCCACUGUGCCUCCACCUUCCAGGUGGACGUGGUGCUCGUGCUGGACCAUGAGAGGCUCUACAAUGAACUCAAAAGGGACCUGCCGCACUUUGUGCGCGUUGUGCUGCUGCCGAAGUCCGGAGGAGUGGUGGAGCGCUCCAAGGAGUGCCGGCGGGAGACUCGGGAUGAAAAGAUCCGCGAGUACUUCUACGGCUUCCGCGGGCUGUCCUUCUUCCCUUUCUCUUUUGAAGUGCGAUUCUCGGAUGUUCGCAUCUACAAGAUCGGGGCGCCGUCCAUCCCGGACUCUUGCCUGCCACUGGGAAUGUCUCAGGACGACACGCAGCUGAAACUGGUGCCGGUGACUCCAGGGAGAGACCUGACGUAUCACGUGCUGAGUGUGAGCAGCGUCGACGACGGAGACGAAGACGCCAGGAAGAGCAUCGUGGAGAGCCCCGUCUGCGGAUUCAUUGUGGUCACAAACGUUGACACUCAGGCACAGGUGAUGAAAGUGCUGUCACCUGCACCCAGACCACUGCCCAGACACACGCUGCUCAUCAUGGACAUCCGCUUUAUGGACAUGAAAUGAAGCCACAUGUUGGAGAAGAGGACGCGAGAUAAAGUGAUGAUCAUAUUUGUGAGCACUUUUUCUUUCUAGGUGCUUUGCAAGGACUUAAAAGAGAGCGAGAUGGAAUUAAAAUUGGUUAAAUUAUACCUUCCUUUUAUUGUUUGCACUGUGCAAAUUUCUCUUGUUGCCAUUUAUAGGUGCUGGAUUUUUCUUUUUUGAUAAUCUGUUUUAUAGAAUGUCUUUUCUUCUCUCUUGUACAAAUAAAUUUUAACUUUGA